AUGACAGCGGCGCAGCGCCGCGAGCGCGUGGACGAGGUCAUCACAGCCCUCGGGCUGGGCAAGUGCCGCGACACCCUCAUAGGCGGCUACUUCAGGCGCGGCAUCAGCGGCGGCGAGCGCAAGCGCGUGUCCAUAGGCCACGAGCUGCUGAUCAACCCGGCCAUCAUGAUGCUCGACGAGCCCACCAGUGGGCUCGACUCAACCACGUCCCCCCGCGAGCUGCUGGUGCCAGUGCCCGCUGCGCCCGGCAUCUUGCCCGCCGUGGCAACCUGGAUUUCCAGCCGGCGCGAGGCCCGCUUCUCCCUGUCUCUAGUCAUCUUGACUCUGGCCAACCUUGGCUAUCACCCGGCCCUUGCCCCCUGCCAGGCGCUGCACCUGCUGCAGCUGCUGCAGGAGCUGGCGGCCGGCGGCAGGAGCAUCGCAACCACCAUCCACCAGCCCAGCUCCCGCCUGUACCAGAAGCUGGACAAGCUGAUGCUGCUGGCUGACGGCCACGUCGUGUACUACGGCGGCGCCUCCUCCGUCCUCUCAUGGUUCAGCGCCCUCGGCUUCGAGUGCCCCUUUGGCGUCAACGUGGCCGACUUCCUGCUCGACCUCGCACAGGGCGAGGUGGCCGGGGGCCGCGACGGCGGCGACAGCGACGACACGGGCGCGGACGCGCGGGACGCCAAGGGCGGCAAGGGCGCGGGCGUGGGCGGCGCGCUGACGGGGCCGGCGGCGGUGACGGCGCUGUGGGCGAGCUAUGAGGAGUUCCAGAGGACGCACCGCCAGGGCUUCACGCGCGCAGAGCAGCUGCGGGACCUGACCCUGGUCCGCACCCCCGCGCUGCCCUCCACCAAGGGCCACGCCGCCGCCGCACACACCAACGGCAACGGUGUCGCCAAGCCGCUCGAGCGUGCGUCGAUCGAGGGGGCGGCCGAGCACGAGGCCCACGAGGCAGUCAACGGCCGACCGCACUCGCGGCUGGGGUCCGCCACCGGCGGCAGCAUCAAGGCGCUGAGCAGCCUGUUCUCGAGGCGCGGCGGCGCUGCGUCCCACGCCAAUGACGCGGCCAGCGACGACGAGGAUGAGGGGCCCCCCGCGCGAGAGAUCACGCGCGUUUUCAGCAAGAGCGAGAGCCUGCGGGCGGCUGACGUGGAGUCUGGGUGCGGCGGCGCGGCGGCGCGCAAGGUGGCUACGUUGACGGGCAUGCGGGACAGGGGGGGUGCCAGCUACUGGAUGCAGCUCAAGGUCCUGACCCUGCGGCAGCUUAAGGUGCGGCGCUUUGAGUCGCUGUCGGGGCAGCGCUUCAGCCAGCUGUUCAUCAUCGCCGUCCUCACGGGCCUGUUCUGGUGGCAGCGCGGCGCGGGCCCCAAGGGCAACAGCCUGCUGGCCGCGUCUGACGUGGUGGGCCUCAUCUUCUUUGAGCUUCUGUUCCCGGCCUUCCAGGCCCUCUUCAGCGCCCUCUUCCUGUUCCCCUCGGAGUUUAAGAUGCUGCUCAAGGAGCGGUCCAGCGGCAUGUACCGCGUGUCGGCGUUCUACGCGUCAACGGUGGCGGCAGACCUACCCAUGGACACGGUGCUGCCGGUGCUGUUCUGCCUGGUGAUCUACUUCAUGGGGGGCCUCAGGCUGGCGGCCUGGGCCUUCUUCGCCAACAUCGCCACCAUGGUGCUCGUCACCCUCGUGGCACAGUCCUGGGGUCUGCUGCUGGGGGCCGUCUUCAUGAACCCCAAGACGGCCCAGACUGUGGCCUCCAUCGGCAUGCUCACGUUCAUGCUUGUUGGCGGCUUCUACGUGCGCGAUGUCCCCGUGUGGGUCGCCUGGUUCAAGUACCUGUCGUUCGUGUACUGGGGCUUCAACAUCCUGCUGCACGUGGAGAUGUCCGGCCGCACAUACGUCGACUGCGGGGAGCGCGCCGCCGCAGCCGCCCAGGCCGCCGGCGAGCGCGUCACCCUGGUCCCCUGCGAGCCCGUGCGCGACCUGCGCGCGGCGCUGUCGCUGCCGCAGAGCCCCGACGCGAGCGUCGCGCUGGACGUCGGCGUGCUGCUGGCGAUGCUGUUUGCCCUGCGGUUCUUCAUCUACGUCGCCCUCCGCAAGAAGACCAAGGCCUCCUAG